UUAUCGCACGUACAAACGUACGUAUAAUACACGGAAGGUGUAUACAAAUAUACCACCAAUACCACGACUUUUUCUUAAAGUUUGAAAUUGUCUUUAUAGUAUUUUUCAUGUCAAUUAGAGCUAAGAGUUAGAAAGAUGAAGAAAUAUGCCUUAGUUGAGUGGACAAAUGAAGCUGAUGCUGGUUCUUAUAGCGUCGUAGAUAGCGAGUGGAUCUUGGGUUAUACACCGGAAAUGUAUUUGAUUGAGUGGCGAGAGGGACAGGGGAAGAAAAAGCCUCCGACCGGUGGAUGGCCUAUGGGCGAAGCUAAAAUUCUACAGACCAGCGACAAAGAAUCCGAGUUGAAGAAAGCGCUUCACGACAUGACGUCCAAGAAGAAUCCGAGCGAGCUGGUGGUCUCUGGCAAGCGCAGAAGGAUCCCUAAGAAACGCUUGUACGAGAGCGACGAUGAAACGGACACUGAUGUCGGUGGCUCCAGUGGGAAUGAGAAGAAGCGUAUGAGAGGAGCCAAGAAAGCUGAGGAGUCUGACGUGUCGUCGUCGUCUCCUUCCCAAAGAAAAGCUGGACAGAAGAGGGCUCCUAAUGAGGACCAGACCCAGACUGAUAAGGAACAGGAACCGGAGGUGGACCAAGAGGAGCGGGACCUAGAGGCUUUCCAUGAUACCUCCUCAGACAGGGAAAUAGAAGAUUCUACAGAUGGGAUGGGAACAGAUGGUUGUCCCCAUGGUGAUGAGAUGGAGAAUGGUGAUGAGGAGGAAGAGGAGGAGGAAGAAGAGAGAAGCGAAGGAGAGGAGUACCCACCGGAGUAUGAACUCUCUGAGCUUGAGAAGCUAAGGUUAGAGGUCAGAGGGCUGAGAGAUGAGAUCAUGCUCCUUAGACAUCAAGUCUGCAAAGAACUUCCGAAGGUACACGCCAUAGCUCUGAAAGCUCUCGGCACCCAUAACAACGUGAGGUAUUCCAUGGACGACGAGGAUAGGAAGACGGACCAGAGGAAGACCUUGUCUCGCCCCGUUGCCAAGGGUGCCGUUGGGAAAGGACGGAGACGGCCAGUUGAGAUCAAGAAGACGGGAGUUUUGAAGAAAGAGGCUGAAAUUUUUAGACAGAAGGUGAAUUUCGAGAAGGUCUCGGGCAAGCCAAAAGUCAUCCUGUCACCAACAAAAUUGGUCAAAAAUGAGAGGAUAGUCUCUUCUUCUCCCACCAAAAAACAAACAACUCAAAACUCUGACCAGGUCGAGAUCCACCCUGGUAGUGGUGUUUUCGUCGAUCGUGAGGCUUGGGAUAGCCUGAACGAGCUGGACCAACCCACCGCCUUCGCUCGUCGUCUCCUCCCGUUCGUCUUCUCCAUGGAAACGCUUCUAAAUAGUAACCUGCGAGGGGGUAAGAGCACCAGGGACUCUGCGGCAGAACCCAAGAAUCCCUUAGAUCCCAAGAGGGUUGAUGCCAUUUACAAUGCGGUUUACUGCAAGUUUCCUCGAGUUAGGCACUGCGAUAUUGGGCAAGCUAUUAAUGGCCGGCUGUCGAACCUGAGGUAUCAGGCGAUGAAAAAGACCUGGGCUCCUUCGUUUCCCAGUCAAUUACCUACAAGUUUAAUCCUCAGGCAUAAUGCAUCAUGCUUCCAGGGUGAGAGCACAUGAGAAUGCCAAAGACUUUUGAGGAAAGUAACCAUAUGUGUGAACGGAACUGUACAGAGUUUUCACCCGAUGUUGGAAGAGUUGACUAAUUUUGUGUUUUAUUUCUCACGAGUGAGAAAUUCGUGUACUAGUAAAGUGCAGAUCAAUCACUGAUUGCUUCUUAUAGCUUGAAGUGUGUUGAUACACUGGCUUGUGAAAUUCACGACAAAUAGUGUAAACGUCACUAGCUUAAAGGCAUUGCCUCAUUUCUUCUUUUUGUUUUGCAUGAAAGGUUGUGUUUCAUCUACUUGUAGAGGGUGAACAGUGACUUAAAUGCACCGUAUCUUUAUACAAAUACAAGGCCCAAAACAAAAUGUGUUUCCUUUUUUUUUCUCCCAUUUUUCAUUUUGAUAUUGUGUUUUGCCUCUAUAGUUUACAUCGUUGAGUUUUACUUUGUUUUCCCCUCGUGUUUGAGCAAACUCCAAUUUUAUUUUUUAUUUAUUUUCUGCAUUUGUGAAGGAAGGAAGGAGAAUUAUUUUCCAUAAUAUAUCAAAUUUCUUUAAUGAUGAACAGUCAACUCAAAGUUUUAUCUCAGGAAUUUCUUUUCUUUUUUAAAGUUUAAUUUCAAGAAAAAAGGCAGAUUCAGUCAUUUUAAUUUUUUUCUUAAUAAGCAUAUUGUACCUUACUCUACAUCAGUGUAUACAGGUGUAAUAUAAUUUGCUGAUACUUCUAGCGAUUUACUCUCAUCAAAACAGUAUACCUUUUUAAGCCUUUUCAAAGCAUCAGAGAGGUUGAUAUUUUUUGUGACUGAGCCAUACAUAUUUAAUCUAAUAUGGCCAUUUUAAAUGAUAUAGUAUAUGAUAAUGAAGAACAAUCUUGUAUUCACUUGAGUUUAGCCAUUUUAUUAUCAAUUAUGCAGCUUUUACAUACUUUAUUUGAUAUGUUUUGCCAAACUAAAGCAGGUAUAUCACACAUAGGGCUUUUUAUGUUAUAAUUACUCCUAAAGAAAACAGGGUAUGUGUUAUAUGAUGUAUUUUUUUAAUGGUAUGUUAGCUGAUCUUAGCUCAAGUAUCUUCCAUUUUCCCUACAAAAUGAAUGGUUAGAAAUAGUUUUAGAAAUAUGUUCCGACAGAAAUCACCUUUCGUUAUGUGGAUCACACCUGUCUAUAAAGACCACCCAUGCAAAGCAGUACCAUUACAAGUGGCUACUACAGAUAGGGGGUCUUUAUAGACAGGUACUACAGCGCUUUGGGGAAACAUUUAAAGUGACAGCUUUUAUAAAGAGGUGGGACACUUUAACAAGAGGGUGCUAGGAUUUCUGUAGCUGAAAAAGUAAUAUUUCGCUAGAUUUGACCAAGUUUGGCAGAGAAGAAGAAUUAAUCAUUAACCUGCUCAGUAUUUUUACAAGCCUUCCAUUUCUGUAUGGCGAGUUAUAUCUUGAUAUAGUUUCAAUGUUUGUUGUAAUGAUAUUGCUGUCAGUUAUUUCCAUGUUUGUGCCAUAUAUAACAAAUAUGCUUCAUAUAUUUAGCGUGUACAAUAUGUUUGCAAUUUUACAAGGAAAGUGUUUUUUUCCUAGAAUACCACUCUGAUAAUGGUUAUUAUAUUGGUACAAGUUUAAAAAUGCAAACUAUGGACAUGAAAACUGAAAUUUUGCUGUAAAUUGCUGUCAUUUACAAUAAUUGGAAGGUUUCAUGUUGUGAAACUUUCAGGCUUUAUAGUGCACCAUCAUGAGAAAGUAUUUAGGUUUUGAUAUUUUACGCAAAAUAAAGUGAUUUUAUACUGUUUUUGCUAAUAAAGACACUAUGGCUGACAGAUGUUUUGCAAAAAUCUUCAAUCAAAUGAGGAAUAUAAGUUUUGUUACAAUUACACAAUUUUUUUUUGUAUGCUUAACUCUGUCUUGGUUAGGCGUGCACCUAUCAUAUUUGUGCCAUUUAUCAGAGCUGUGAAACACACCCCAAAUACAGUAUGCAUAAUUUUUUUAUUUGAAUUUAAUAGUGCAAGUGCAAGUCAACACAAUCUCUUGAUAAUAUGCUCCUUUCUGGAUCUGAUUUAAAGAGUGCAAAUGAGAAAAGCUUACAUCAAAAUUCAUAUCAAGUUAUGUAUGUGAUGUAAAAAAUACAUUUUUUCUUUGUCUAUAAAAGUCAAAUAAACUUCACACUUAAUAGAAAUUGCUUCAUCAUGGUAGGUAGUCAAUUCAAAAGAUUAUAGUGAAGUGUGAAUGAAAAAAGUUCAAAAUAACUAUAAAAAUAGAUCUCAUAGGUUUCUUAUGAAGGUGAUCUUAUUAUAACGGUACUCUGAGCAUUUAUCAAAUGGUAAUUUUAUUUGAACUUGGUUGAGAACUGGCUUUUUUAUGAUUUGAUGAAGUUUGUUGUUAUUUUCAAUUUUGAAAAAGCUUAUUAAAGAUAUUAAGCUUGACCGUAAAAUAAAUAUACAUGGAUGUAAUCCUGUCUUGUUUUAAUUGCACCUAGUAUUCAAUCAGAUAAUAUUUUGUUUCAUCAUGACUUGUAAAAGAAUAUUGUGUUUUGGGGGCUUGGCUCACAACAGUUUAUAUGCAUCCAUGUUUAAUGUGUAUUGUUUUAUGCAUGCCAAGGUUCGUACUUUAAAAAGGACAUUUUGAAUAAUUUCCAAAGAUUUGGAUGUUAUUGGUUCUUCUGUAAAUAUGGAGUUUUCACAUGAAAUAAAUGAACUUUAUUUGAAUUAAAGUUUAAACUGA